CUUCCGGUGCCUCGCGCAGAUCCGUCAUGGCCUCCACGGGGGCGAGUCGCCGCGGCGCCGCGUCUCAGCGACCGCCGCAGGGCCGCUCCUCGCGACAAGACAAGUACUCGGUCCUUUUGCCCACCUACAACGAGCGCGAGAACCUGCCGCUCAUCGUGUGGCUGCUGGUGAAGAGCUUCUCCGAGAGUGCAAUCAACUAUGAAAUUAUAAUCAUAGAUGAUGGAAGCCCAGAUGGGACAAGAGAAGUUGCUGAACAACUGGAAAAGAUCUAUGGGCCAGACAGAAUUCUCCUAAGACCACGAGAGAAAAAGCUGGGCCUUGGAACUGCCUAUAUUCAUGGAAUAAAACAUGCCACAGGAAACUAUGUCAUCAUUAUGGAUGCUGACCUCUCCCACCAUCCCAAAUUUAUUCCUGAAUUUAUCAGGAAACAAAAAGAGGGUAAUUUUGAUAUUGUCUCUGGAACUCGCUACAAAGGAAGUGGGGGUGUUUAUGGCUGGGAUUUGAAAAGAAAGAUAAUCAGCCGUGGGGCCAAUUUUAUAACUCAGAUUUUGCUGAGACCAGGAGCAUCGGACUUAACAGGAAGCUUCAGAUUAUACCGAAAAGAAGUUCUACAGAAAUUAAUAGAAAAAUGUGUCUCCAAAGGCUACGUCUUUCAGAUGGAGAUGAUUGUUCGAGCAAGACAGUUGAAUUACACCAUUGGUGAGGUUCCAAUAUCAUUUGUGGAUCGAGUUUACGGUGAAUCCAAGUUGGGAGGAAAUGAAAUAGUCUCUUUCCUGAAAGGAUUAUUGACUCUCUUUGCUACUACAUAAAAGAAAUUAUUCAUUUAUACUUACCGUGUUCAUUUCAAUUAAAAGUAAGAGAAGCCCAGGUGACUGAUUUUUAUCAAUGUUCUCUUAACACAUGAGCCCAAAGGUAAGGUGCAUUUCAUAUGGAUCAUUUCUCUGGAGAAACUCCAUUUUAUAUUUCAAAUUAAAAUUUAAAGUUAUUGAUUUAAUGAGCAAUGUUGUCAACUUUCAUGUACAUUGUGCUGUAUUAAGACCUAUAAAUAAAUGUAUACAGGUUUUUUUGUAAAA